UAUAAAAUCACCUCAGCGUGUUUAGUCAGCCCUUCUCUCUGCACGCAGAGCAGCGGUGUUUGAGUGCGAGCUGCCACAGUAGCUCGGUUAAUACGUCUCCUCUCAGCCAUGGCAGAUCAGGCUUUUGUGACUCUGGCUACAAACGACAACUAUGCUCGAGGUGCUAUGGUUUUGGGCAAGUCUCUUCGUAACCACAACACAUCCAAGAAACUGGUGGUACUUGUUGGCCCACAGGUGUCUGCUCCUUGCCAGUCUGUGCUGAAGAACAUCUUUGACGAGUUGAAGGUUGUGGAUGUUUUGGACAGUGGUGACACAGCUCACUUGGCUAUGAUGAAGAGGCCUGAUCUGGGUGUCACACUGACAAAGCUGCACUGCUGGACCCUCACGGAUUACUCCAAAUGUGUUUUCAUGGAUGCAGACACUCUGGUGCUGUCUAACAUAGAUGAGCUCUUUGAAAGAGAGGAAUUGUCAGCUGCCCCGGAUCCUGGCUGGCCCGACUGCUUCAACUCUGGCGUGUUUGUUUUUCAGCCCUCUGUGGAAACGUAUGGCAAACUACUUAAGUAUUGCACAGAACAUGGCAGCUUUGAUGGAGGAGACCAAGGGGUUUUGAAUGGCUUCUUCAGUGACUGGGCGACAGCUGACAUCUCAAAACAUCUCCCUUUCAUUUACAACCUCAGCAGCAUAGCAAUCUACACUUACCUUCCAGCAUUUAAGCAGUAUGGUGGAAAUGCCAAGGUGGUGCACUUUCUGGGGAAGGCCAAACCAUGGAGUUACACUUUCAACCGCAAAACCAGACAGAUUUCAGGAGGUGUGCAAGAGCCUGCAACACACCCCAGCUUCCUCCUGGACUGGUGGACUCUAUAUUCCAGUACUGUGGUUCCAAUGCUGCAGCAACAGUAUGGAGAAGAGAAGUUUCACUCUGGAUGUGUGGAGUCCAAGCACAGUGACCCAGUCACUUGUGAGACUGUACAGGAGGAAGAUUCCUCUUCGCAUGCACAAGCUCCUGAAUCCAUCCCAACUUCAGAAGAACGAAAGGAGCAGUGGGAGCAAGGCCAAGCAGACUACAUGGGAAUGGACUCCUUUGAUAAUAUUAAAAGAAAGCUUGACACUUUUCUGAAAUGAAAAGGGAAUGAAGAGAAUAAAAGGCACUUGCAGUCUAACAAAUGGUUGUCUUUUUAAUUUCAUAAAUGGGUUGUAGUCUCACUUUCCUUUCACUGCAUGGUCACCAUUGUCCAAAGAACAUGACUUUCAAAUGAUAUUGCCUGCUUUAAGAUUAGUUUACCCUGUCACACUGAGCAAAAAACAAGGUCAAUUUUACAAUGUCAUCUACUUUCAGGUAGAAAUCUUUAGAAUGCUUAUGUGAGGUCUGUUUUGUUUUCUUUUUUUACUUUGAAGUCAACAAUUGGCUGCUUGCGUGAUUAGUUUUCUAGUUUAAAAUGGUUACCGGUACUUUUACUUGCAGUACUACAAAGGCAAUUUGUCAGCUGUACACAACUCUUCGUGCCUUAACGUCUUGUCACCUUUCUUUCAGAGCUCAGUUUGCUACUUUCCUAUGGGUGAUUUCAUUGAGUUGGGUCUGGUUUAACUUAACCAGCAUGUUGUGUAACUGCCUUUCAGCUGAAAAAUAAAUAAAUGAAUA